AAUAUGAUUUGCAUAGGUUUUUUUUUAAAGAUAAAAGUAUUGAGAACCACUGGUAUCUCUUUCAUUGCUACGAUACGCACACUUUCUUUUAAUAAACUUGUGUGGGUGUGUGAUAUCACGAAUGACAUCACCCUUUGUAUCAGUGUUAGUGGUACGGUUUGAAACCCACAAGGCGUGCUCGCACUUCAGUCAUUCGCAGACGUUCAUCCGACGAUCAUUUAUACCUUUAUCGAGGUACCAUCAUAAAUAAAAACAGUCAUGUCUCAUUCAGUAGUAAUCAGGACGCAAACAGUGAGGACUGAAUCAACUGCAAUAGUUAUUAAUACGGGAUAUUUAAAAACAUGGAGUGGAAUAUUAAAAUUCUUGCAACUAGCUUUGGGAAUCGUAUGCGUAGGAAUUAUCGGUGAUCAAUUUAAACCGGGUUAUUAUCGCACAACUACGGAUUUAUUUUUCUUUUUAGUAGUAACAACGUUCAUGAUAGGAACUUUUAUUCUAUUGUUAAGCUGUUUGUGUUCACUAUCAACUUCAUCUAUAAUAUCAAAAACGAUAUAUGAACUAUUUUAUCAUUCGAUAGCAUUCGGUCUCGUAAUAUCUGCGGCUCUGUCAUUAUUGGUACAAAUAAAUAAAACAAAUGAUAGAAAUUAUGAAUUACUAUUAGGUGCAGCUAUUUGCGGUCUCGUAAAUUCAGCCUUGUAUUUAUUUAGUACAAUAAUAGCGCUUCGUUCAUACAGGGGUAUUUAAAUGCUAUAAGUUACAAAUUUUUCAACCAAUUUUUCAUCUUGCGAACGAGCAAUGAACACUAACUUUUUUAUAUUUAUAUAAUGUUUCGAAUCAUCUCCAAUUUUAUUGGAUUAUAUAUAUAUAUAUACAUAUAUGUAUUUAAACAAUUUAACUGCCAAAUUAAGGUGUCUACAAAAUAAUAUUAAUUGGACGAUUUUUAGAUGUAUGCGACUGACAUCAGAAUUAAUAAUAUGGUACUUAU